AUGUCAUCAAAAGACAUAAAUACAUUUUUAGAAAAAGGUUGUCCUGUAGUAGAUGUCUCUACAGCAGCUGAAAUAACUCAAGGCUCAACUUCUCCUGAUUUAUCAUUAUCAGCUUCUUCAACUUCAAAUAGUCUACUAUCCAAUAAUUCUUCUAAUUCUUCCAAUAUUAAUACUAAAAAAAGAAAUAGAGCUACUAAAGUUUGUGAUUUUUGUAAACGAAGGAAAGUUAAAUGUGAUUUAGGUAAUCCUUGUUCAACUUGUGUCAAAUAUGGUAAUAAAUUAUGUCGUUAUGUUGAACAAGGUCAAUUUCCUCAAGAAUCAAAUGAUAAUCCUCGUAAUAUUGCUUAUCAAUCAACCAAUCCUCAAAAUAGAUCAACUUAUGCUAAUCCUGGUUCAACUUUAUUAUAUAAUGAUCAAAAUGGUAAUGGUAUAAGUCAAUCAGCUGAAUUACAAGUUCAAGAUCAAUUAUUUCAAUUAAAAGAAAAACUUCGAUCUUUAGAAGAAUCAGUUCAAGCUAGAAGAGUUAAAGUUGAUUUUGGUGAUAAUCAUAAUAGUUCUUCAUCAACAAAUAAUAAUUCCCCUCCUUUAAAUCAUAAUUCUCAUUCUGCUUUAAUUCAACCUGGUGUUGGUUAUGCAAAUUUAGUUGGGUUAAAUCCUGUCGGAGCUGAAAGUGAUACUAUUAAUUUCUUUGAAGGUUAUACUUCAGUAUUAGUUAAAGAUGAUGUUCGUCGUCGUAAUUAUGGUCCAUUAUCUUGGAUUGCUCUUAUAAAAGUUGAUUCAAUAGGAUCAAAAUUAUGGACUUAUCUUCAUAUUUUAAAAAGUGGUAAAGCUUUAAAAACUUCAUAUUUUAGAAAUUUAAAACCUUCAGUUGCAGAACGAGGAUUUAGAGAAAAAGCUUCUAUUGAAGAAGGUUAUCAAGAUAUAAAACCUUAUGAUGCAACUUCAGAAGAUGCACCUCCUUUAUCUCCAUCAAUGUGUCAUGCAACUUCUGAAGCUGAUAUGGAACAUACUAAAAAUCAUUUAAAAAGAGAUUUUGAUCGUAGUACCAUUAUUCCUGAUACUUCCCCUUCAACUUCAAUUCCAACUAUAAAUAAUAUUAGAAGAACUCCAAUGCCACCUCCAACUCCUCAACAAUAUAGUUCAGAACAAGUUAAAAAUUAUCGUCAAACUUUAAAUGAAAAAGCUAUGAGUUUUGGUAUUGCAUUUUAUGAAGGUGGUUUAUCGGAAGAAUUAGCUAUUGCUGAAAAAAUUGAAUUAGUAUUACCAAAACAAAAAGCUAUUUGGUUAUUAUAUAAACGAUAUUUCAGUCAUUUAUAUAGUGCAAUUCCAUUAAUUGAUGAAGUUGUUUUUAAAGAACGAGUUCAAAAAUUAAUUGGAAUUGAACGUACAGAUGGUGAUGAAAAUGCAAAAGUUAAAGUUAAAGUUAAUAAAAAAAUGGAUUUUGCAACUUUAGGUUUAUUAUUAAUUGUUUUAAGAUUAAGUUAUUUAACUUUAUUUACUAAUGUGGCAUCUAUAAAUGAAGCCAAUAUUCAAUCAAAAGAUCCAUCUCCAAGAGCUCAAGAAGUUAAAUAUUUAUUAAAUAAUCCUGUUAAUAUUGAUUGUAUUGAUAUGGCUCAAACUUGUUUAAAUCAAUUCAAUUUAACAAGAAGUAUUAAUAUGGAAAUCAUGCAAUUGGCAGUAUAUACUCGUAUUUAUCAUUGUUAUGCUCCUGAAGAUGGUGAUGGAACUGAUGGUGGUGAUGCCUUAGUAUUCAAUGCUAUGUUAAUUCAAAUGGCUAUAUCAUUAGGAUUAAAUCGUGAUCCCGAUAAUUUUCAUGAUCAAUGUAAUGAUGAAAAAAUUAAUAAUUUAGGUAGAAAAAUUUGGUAUUAUAUUCUUGUAUUUGAUGUUAAUAAUGCUAUGGCAGUUGGUACUCCAUUAAGUAUUGAUAAUAAUAGUUUUGAUACUAAACCUCCUUAUUAUAUACCUGGAAAUGAAAAUAUUAUUGAUGUUGAUGUGGAAAAAUCAACGGUGAGUAAUUUUGCUAAAUUUGAUAAUGUUUUUGCUCCAUUAAGUGAAGUUAUGAAAAUGAUUACCAAUGUUAAAGAAAAAGUUAAAUUAACUGAUUUAAUGGAAAAAUUAGAUUAUAUGGAAAAGAGAUUUGUUCAUGAAACUGAAUCAUUAACAGAAUCAUUAUUUUCCAGUAUUAAUUUAUCUCAAGUUGAAAUUAAUAAACAAACUAUUAAAAUGAAAAUUCAUUUCACAUCUAAUUUCUUUAUGGUUUCAAUAUUUUUUCAUAUUUUUAAUUAUUAUGAAAGAAAAGGGAAUUAUAAUUUAGCUUAUUUUUAUCUUAAAAAGAUAUUUGUUAUAACAAUUCAUGAUUUAAUGCCAUUUUAUUUUGAAUUUUUAGAUCGAAGUGAAGCAAUAUUUCAAAAUUCAACUGAUUUAACUAUAACUCCUGCAUUUGAACUGGUAACUCAUAAAUCAACCAUUGUUUUAUUUUCUGUCAUGACAAGAAUUAGAAUUAUUAUUGUUGAUUUAGAACAUCAUUAUGAACAUCAAUCAAAAUUGAAUAAAGAUAUCAAAUAUAAAAUUUAUUAUGAAUUAUUAAAAAGAGUUUAUUCAUUGAUUGAAAAAUGUGUUAAUGUGUUUAGAGAAAGUAUUGCUAGAUUAAGUCAUCGUUAUUAUUAUGCUUGGAGAAUUACAAAAGCUCAAAACUUUUUAACUAUGUUAUUAUCAUCUGAUGAUACUAUUAAACAAUUCAAACCAGCUGGAUCUCAAAAUACAAUUGAAUUUACUAGUGCUAUGUUAGAAGAAAUAGCAAGUAUUUUAGAAAGUGCAUUGUUUAGAGUUAAAGAACAUAAAAAGGCUCAAAAAUCUACUACUACAGCUAAUAAUUUUUCAUUUAAACCUCCUACUAAAAGUGAAUCUAUUAUUAAUGGUAAUGUCAAUACUACUACAUUUGGUGAACAACCACCAUAUGGAACCACUACCACUGAUUCUGAAAGUCGUAAUUCAAUGGAUUAUUCUGAUUCAAGUAAAAUUAGAGGUCCACCUUCUGCUACAUCAGUAGGAUCAACUUCUUCACUUGAUAAUAUUGAAGAAUUUAUGCCAAGUGAUAAAGUUGAUCAAAUUUGGCUUCAAAUGAUGUCUAUGAAGAAUUUUACUGAUAAUACUAAAAAUAAUCCAAAUCAAGAUUUUUCCCAAUAUAAUAAUAAUAAUAAUAAUUUUGAUAAUAAUUAUAAUAGUAGUAAUUAUUAUGCAGGUGAAUCAAAUGAUUCUAGUAAGGUUAAUUCAACCAAUUCAAAUUAUAAUAAUAAUAAUAAUGAUGCUAAUGGUAAUCUUUCCAACAAUACUAAUACUAUAACAGGUAUGCCAGCCAGUGCAUUUGAUGCAUUCACUCCAGGUUAUAAUAACAUGCUGUCAUUAGAUGGAAUAUUCCCCUCUGUUGAAGAUUUUGUUUUCCCUGGUACUAAUCUACCAUUAGAAGAGUUAUUUAAAAGUUAUGAUUGA